UAUUGGGUUUGUUUAUUUCAGGUGUCAGUGUAUAAAUCCUUGUCUCAUAAUCCAUUUGAAAACCUAGCUUUUGAAGACUGGUAAGUAUAUUAAGAGGGAAUCCAUCAGGAAAAUUGAGUAAUUUUAAUUUUCAGUGGACAAAACCCUUGUACCAGAAUAAUUAAAAGCAUAUUGUAUUCUUUUUUUUACAUUUUUCAAGGCUAUAGAUGUAAUUAACUAUCUGUAAUAACACCAAAGGAAAUUUUUUAUGAGAGCAUGAGAAAAUAAAGGUCAAAUUUCACAAAAUGACAUCUUACACAUGAAAUUUUAUCUGUGUUGUUACAAUUCUUGUGAACUUUGACAUUCAUUUUCUCGGGAUCCCAUGAGAAAUUAUCUUUGGUGUUAUUGCAGAUAACUAAUUACAUCACUCUAUAGCUCUUUAAAAGUGUAAAAAAGAAUGCAAUAUUGUUUACAGGGUUCUCAAUAGAUUUUUAAGUAGGAGGUGAUCACUGAUAAAGUAGGAGGCUCUUCAGCAAAGCCAGAGGUGUCAAAACAAAACAAAGAAAAGCGACUUAAUUAAACACAAAGUAAGCGGUUAUAAAUCCCAAAGUAAGCGGCGAUCAAUCGCCGGGUGCCGCCUUCUAUUGAGAACCCUGUGUUUAAAUUAUUCUGGUACAAGGUUGUCCACAGAAAAUUAAAAUUACUCAAUUUGUUGGUGGAUUUUGUCUUAAGUUUGGAACUUACUACAGAGACCACACAGACUGGUCCAGGUAUCUUCACUGCAAAGGUGUUUCUGCAAGCUAGGGAAGUAAGAAUGUGUCUGAAAGACACAAUAAUGAUAAUGGAAGUGGUCUGUUUACUGAAAGUCUGUUCUGUCAGGCCAGCAGUUGAGCCAUUGUCCGUGUCAUAAUGACAUGCACGACAAUGCAGCUAUUUCAUGUACCUCACAAGAAUUCAGAGAGUUCUAUUUGCAACCAUCUAAUUUUACUAUGAAUUUUUAGAGAACGAAAUACCGGUGGAUAAUCUAUAACAUUUGGCAAAACAGCAAAGACUUGAGUUGAAGACAAGAAACCCAUAGAUAAAGCCUAAUGCUAAAGAGGAUUUGGAGAUUAAGCCUGUAGAGUAUAGUUCAGAUAACAGUUAAAAAAAGAGAGAAAAAGAUGAGAAAACUAGCAAAGGUUACUACUAUUUUUACUUACAAAUUACAGCCAUUGAGGCUACAAUGCUUGAGCAACUUGGAUAUUAAAUUUGGAAACCUUGAUUUUUGUGCAUUGGCAUUUUUGAAAUCACAUUGGGACAAAAUUUGUGAAAAUUAGCUAAUAAUGAACAUUGGCGAGCCAACUUUUCACACAUUUCCUCACAAAAUGUGGUGAAGUGUUAACAUGAGAAAGAAAAAGUUGACUCAGCUAGAAGGAUGACAUGACUUGCUAAGUCUCCUUUCUGUGACGGUAGGGUCACCCCUGUAGUUGGGCCAACUUUUCUCCAUAUAAACAGUUUGGCCCGCCUAGCAGGGUCAACUCAUUUAAGGCAAGACAAUCAGAGCAUGCGUGAGUGCUGUUGGCUUGGGCAAAAGGGUCAACUUUUUCCUCAUAUAAAUGCUUUCUAAAGUAUGGCUGGAAGGGUGACCCUUCUACCUUGAACAGGUGUUCUCCUUAAUAAUCAGGGCCUUAGUUGUCUUUCUAGGCCUCUGUACAUUGUAUUUAUUGUUUUAUUUUCACUUCUGUGUUACAGGCUAUAUCUUAAUGCGGAUCUAUCAAACAGACGAAUUCUUUUCCUGUGGAGAAAUGAACCCACAGUAAGUGUUGAGGCUCCCUCAGUCAAACCUGUGAGCACCAAAAAUUUUGUUUUCCUAUUCUUGAAUUCAGUGCUUUUGUACCCAUCCUUUGUGUCAUGUGAGGUGGGCAAAUGCAAAUUUUGAUAAGUUAUUUGUUUUUGUUGUCUUGUUUUUCAGAUUGUAAUUGGAAGGCACCAGGUUUGUUCCCAGAUUAUUGAAGUUUUCAAUGUUCAACAUUGUUCAACAAGUGCUAUAUCCUUGACUUACACUGAUCAAUUUUCUGGUUGAUUCAUUUAGAAUCCAUGGUUUGAAUGCAGUUUAAAGAAUCUUAAGCAGUGUAGUGUUCACUUGGCAAGGAGGAAAAGUGGAGGAGGAACAGUGUAUCAUGUAAGUGAAUGAAAAGAUGAAGCACUAUUAACAAAAAAAGCCUGUUUUAAAGGGACCAUAGAAUUAAUUAUCUUGUGUUAUAGAAUGGAUGGCAUUUAUAGAUGUUAAACCAAACAAACAUCGUAAAAUUAUGAACAAAAGGAAGACUACAUAGACCUAUCUUCACGCAUUCUUUUGAAUUGAGUACCCUCCCCACUUGGCCAUAGACAGUGUGUUUUUUAAUUAGGCUUGCAUAUCGAGUAGGUCUGGCUAAUGUCAAAAAUGCUGUGGAACAAAAAUGUCAAACAAAUAGACCAGAACACAAACAUCAACAAAUUAAGCAAAUCUUACUUACAAAUUGCUUUUUUUCCCAUGAGAACAUGUAAAAGAAGAACUCCUUGUUCCAAAACAUAGACAGUCAGUUAUUGACAUCCUAUGACAUCCUAUGGUCAAAAUUCCCGCAAUAAAAAUUGAUUUUAUACGUCUUAUGUCCUUUUUUCUGAUAAAUUCAAUAUAUUUUUCCACUUUCUUUUUCAAUUCAUUUUUAUAGGACUUAGGGAAUGUCAAUUUAUCAUUCUUUACUCCUCGCCAUCUGUACAACCGAAAAGAGAACUUAGCUCUCAUUGUAAAAGUAUUGCGAGAAAGGUGGAAACUAGAUGUGCAAGCAUCUCCAAGGGAUGACAUUCUUGCUGAUGGAAAAUUCAAAAUAUCCUUUUCAAAUAAUUAACACUCAUCUCCAGCCAAACCACCUGUAAGCAACCACCCAAAUUGAUGAGAGUAUGGGAAGUGCUUGACUGUUUCAGGGUUUUCACUAAGAAUUCUAGUAACAGGAGAAAGGUGUAACAUAGCAGGAGAAUAUUUUGAAAGAGGCUACAUGUCUGAAUAAAAGAUACUCAUAGGCUACUGAACAUUUGCUGGAGAAUUUUGUGUAGUUAACAGAGAAUUCUCCGAUCUCUGAUGCCUAAUGAACACCCUGCUGUUUACUAAAGUUUCCAACUACGUGUAUGGUGUUUAAUUGUCUAAAAUGUCUUAGAUUGGUGGCUGCACAUGGUGGUUGAACUGUAUUGACAAGUCUGUUCAACAAAAUUCCAACUUUUGUAUGUCUGUAAAAAUGAUGCUAACAAGGACAAAAUUAAUGUCGUAUUUACUUGAAUAAGUGCCACAGCACUUAUUUAAUUUUCCAAGCCUUAAGUGUGUCUCUUACUUGAGGGCAGUGCUCAUGAACUUUUUUCUCCCAAAUGCAGCUCUUAUUCAAGCUUAAUCGGGGGAAAUUUAAUGCUCAAUAGUUUAAAAUUGCUUAAGAGGCCCCCAGCAGGGGUAUGGGAACUCUUCUUUAAAAUGGGACCACAAUGUUCUUUGUACCUUAAUUGAUGGUGUAAAACUUGAGUAUUAGUACUGCAUGCUUACAAGAUGUAGGUGCCAGAGUAGGGUUGUUGUGUUACCUUAUCCAGCCAAAAAGGACACACUCAAAUAUUUUAUUAUUUUUUGUUUCUUGAGCAAAUGAUUUUUCUUUCAGCAUUGGUACCUUAAGUAAUGGCAGUGAAUUUGAGCCAUGCCCAUUAUGAUAAUAUCAUGUCUUUGUAGUUACCUUUACAAACACCCUUGCCACUUUUAAUUUUUAUGGAGAUUCACCUUCCCCCCAAAAGAAAGAAGCUUCAUCUAAGUAGUCACGCAAGCUGAGUAGAGCUUAUUGUAACUGUUCUUGCCUGGAAUCAAGGCUAGAAAGUUCCCCGUAAGUUACUUAAGAUGUGACAUUUUCUCCUUGACAAAGAGUUAACAUCUCAGGUUCUUCAUCAAAGCUUGGUAGACUGGUAGCUUUUCACCACUGCACAUUACUGUUGGAUGCUGACCAAGAAUUACUCAAAUUUCUCCUCCAGCCUUCUUAUGUAAGAAUAUCAGAAUAAACUAUAACACAACAUAAUUAUUAUGAUGAUUCUUCCAGUCAGUUGAGGCUGGCUUUGUCAAAGAACAAGUUGCUUUAGUCUGCAGGAUAAAAUCAAUACAUUAGAGCCCUGGUAACUCAGAACUCAGAACUCAGAAAUUAUGGAAAUUAUGGAAUGAUCUUCCCCUUUUUAUUAGAAAUAUAUCUUUAGUUAAUGCUUUUAAGAAGGCUCUUAAAACUCAUUUAUUUCAUUCAGAAGGUGCUUCACAGCUAAUUUAUUGUUGUCAUCCUUUUUAUAAAGAAGGAUUUGUAAAUAGGAUUUUAAAGAAUAAUUAGUCAUUGUUUUUAGAAUUUUAGACUUAUUAUUUUUAACAUAAUUAUUAGGUGCGAUCUGUAAAUAGGACUUUAAGGAUUAAUUAGUCAUUGUUUUUAGAAUUUUUUGAAUUGGAAUAUGUACUAGGAUCUUAGGAUUUUGUUGAGUCAAACAUCUCUUUCCCUGGAUUGAUAUUUGUGCAAUACAAAUCAAUCAAUAUUAUUAUUAUUAUUAUUAUUAUUAUUAUUAACUCCCCUGCUAUCUUGAACUAAGUCCCAUUUCCCUUACAUUUGAACCCAUGUUUGAGUCAUUUUUCAUAAUUAACCCUUUAAGUCCCAAGAGUGACUGACCAAAAUCAAAUCUCUCCAAACAAUAUCAAUACAUAAUAAAGAGGAAAUGUUGCAAGAAUUAAUAAAUUGAUCAGCUGACAGAAAAUGUUUUGAUCUUCAAACAAAUUCUCUCAACUAAUUUUUAUUGAUAAGGAAAUGUAUGGAGAUCGGUCUGGAGAAUUUGUAUUUGGAUAUUGGAGCUUAAAGGGUUAACAAGUAAUUGGUUACUGUUUUUGCCCCUCAAACGGCUACACCUUCACAUGGCCCCUGGCUGAUCUCUUAAAAUGGCAGUCCUGUCUUUAGUAGGAGACAUAAAAAUAGUGUCCUUAAUUAGUACUUUCAUGCUAAAAACAAUUUAACAAUCUACUAAACUACUAUUUUGAACAGUUUUGGUCGAAAAACAUUUAUGACAUCAACUUGCUAUACCUUCUGUCUCUUUUACAGGCAGAAAUUAACAGUAAAGCAACGCAAAGUGUGCGGUCUGAUGUCAUGAACUUAUCGGCCAAAGAUCCAUCAAUAACCUUUGAGAAUGUCACAGAGGAAGUUGCACUGUGGUUUUGCCAUACUUAUUCUCCUGAAAGAGAUGUUAAGGCAAGAUUUUUGUGACUAUCAUUUUUACUGGAGCCCACUUUUUUUUUGUUUUUAUCUCGCCAUUAAUUAUGCUUAAGCAGUAGAUUUGCCUUUUGAAAUACAUGGAGCAGCAGGGAUCGAGAAGUUCUUCAGUCUAGUCCAUCUUCAAAAUCAAAUUUAAUCUUGUUUUUAUGCUUCUUUGGUUCUCUUGUUUUGGUUGUUGAGGUAAUUUCUUCAUAAUGUUACAGGCAGGUGCAAUCACAACGAUGCAAUACAAAAGAUACGAAAAAGGAAAAAUACCCACACCAAAAAACAAGGGCGAACCAACACCCGUUUCCGCAACACCGAUAAACACCCAUUGUUGUGCUUGUUGUUAUUUCUUGGUUCUGAGGCAGGUUUAUUAUGGUUCUCACAGUCCUUUCUUUCCUUGGUUCUCUCAUGGUUAUCCUCAUUGUUUGCUUGGUUCUUGUGGAUGAUCUCCUGGUUCUCUCUGGUGUUUGUUGUACUCUUGAGUGGUGUUUUGUGGCUGGUUCUCAUAGCUCUCUUCUUCUUGGGGUUGCUUUGAAUAAUAGCCCUUACAACAGUCAAUAAAAUCAGCCAAAGCAGAAAAUACCAUAAUACAUGUACUCUUUAGUUUCUCAUUUGGGUGAUGUUUCCUGUUAACCGGACUUCUACAACAUCUUUUCUCAGUUCCGCACGAUCUGCAUGCGUAAUGCAUCAGCUUCACAUAGAUUUGUAUAUAGUGCACAUGCAGUUCAUGCAAUAAACAAAAGAUAAUGCAAAAGUUAGGUUUACAGGAAGCCCCAUCCAAAUGGCUAUUAUGGUAUUUUCUCCUUUGGCCAAUUAAUAUUGCUAAUGUCAUCUUUCUCAAAUCUGCAGGUGGUGGAGAUAGAUCCUUCUAAAGAGGAGCUCUUUCCAGGAAUAACAACCAUGAAGGAGGAGCUUCAGGUAGUGUUAAAUGCUGUUACAGUUUGGAAGUACCUUGGAUGUGAUCUUGCAUCUUUAAAUGAGGAGCCUGUAUCUAGAAUAUCAACUGUUAUGAUAUUGAUGGAUGACAGAUGAUUUUGAACAUAGUGAAUUUAACUGCAAAAUAAAUUCAAACAAAAAUUGAAAGUUUACUUUUUUACUUGCUUUGCCAAUUCUUGGCAGGGUCACUGCAACAGUGGUGGUACCAAUUACGCAGGCCUGUAACAGUUUAUCAGUCUUUGUGGGUUCUUUAAUGUCCCACAGAUUUUAUAUGUUCAAGGGUUGUGAGAUGGGGCCUUUGGUUUAUUGUCCUUAGCCGAGAAGAGUAGAAAGUCUAGCCAUUUGCAGAUGUCUUUAAAAAGACAGCACUUUGAACCAAUGGCCUGCCGUUUGGCAGCCCAGUGCUUAUCCAGUUUAGCUAAUUAGGCAAUGGUUAAUUAUGCAAUGUGAUAGAACUAGUUGCUGAGAGAACCAAAUACAAAAGGCAGUGCACAUACAAAGAAAGGAUUUGUUGGAGUGUUUGCUGAAAAACAUUUUGUGCAUCCCUGUUGGGAAUGUCCUUGUAGUGGAAGUGUCCCUGAAGUAAUUUUGGCACUGUUUUGUUUUUUUCAGGAGUGGAAAUGGAUUUAUGGUAAAACACCAAGAUUUAGUGUCACUUUUUCAACAAACCUCUCAUCCAAGGACAUUGUAAGUGGAAUUUAAAAUUGCUAUCAUUUUUCUAGCACAGAGGAACUACUUAUUUUUUAUGGAUGAUUUUUGGUCACAGGUGAUAAAAUGGAGAUAUAUGUAUAUAGCACUAAUCUUGAAAGAGAUACGCCCAAGAUUUUGUGAAACAAAAUAAUAAACAAUUGUCACUGUCACAGACUGUUCCAGUAAAGGUUGACACUACACCACCAAUAACUAUUUAAACAACUUUUAAUAUUAGAGUAAGGACUACCAGACUCCUUUCGGAGUAAUUAAGGGGGACACCUCUCAGUGAUUGCAUGACACGCGACUUCUGUGCGUGACCAUUUUAAGGCCUCACUUCCCUGGCACUAUGAGCUGAAGCUCAGACCAAUAAAACUCAACAAUAAUAACAACACGCUGCAGUGGCAGCACAACCUAGGCCAGCAACAUGCCACUUCCAAGAAGAGUAUUGGCAGGUCACAAGAAAAGCGGAAGCACUACGAGCUGAAACCUAGGCCAGUAAUGUGCUACAGGGGCAGCAGUACGAGCUGAAACCUAGGCCAGUAACGCACAAACCUAAAUAACACGUGAAUAAUAGAACGACCUCUCAUGCCUCACAUAUCUUGCUAGUGCUGCUGGGUGGGACCUGAAUAUUGGCAGGUCAAUAAUUAAAAAAAUGAUGACAUAAGCUAGAAGAAACUUAACUUGGGGAAAUCGCAACGCAGGCUUAACCGAUGUGCAACAGACGAUUGGUAUCCCCCAAUUCGGUUGUAAAACUUUCUUAAUAAAUAUUGUUUAUUUUUAUUUUUAUUUUUGCAGUCUAUCACAGCAACUUCUUAUCAUGGUUUGAUUGAAAAGAUAGAUAUCAAGUGUGAUGACCACGAAAUGCUCUCUCUCUUUACAGAUCUUGUCAGUAGGUUGAAAGGUGCGUUUUCUUGCUUUCUUUUAUUCUGCAAAUACAGUUCUGUAUUUUCAGGGAAAAGCACAAGUACAUUGUAAAACAUGAAAAUAAUGUCAAGUCAUUGAUCUUGUGAUUAAAAUUGAGAUGUAUUAUUUUCUGUCAAAAAUGAUUCAGAGAAUACCAGUGGCUCUAAAUUGGAAAGCCAUAAAUUUUUCAGGAAACUCUUAAAGAUAAAAAAGAGUUUCAAAAUAAUGUAUGGUGAUCAGAUGUGCCAGGAGCCCUUGUUUAGCUACUCAUAAUUGUUGCUGUCUUUGUUAUAGCCUCAUCGAUGCCUGAAUCAAAUACUUUGCUCCAAAAUGCAACACCAAUGAAAAACAUCAGGGAUCCAAAAUAUAAUAACCGUGUCCUUUUCCUGUCUUUUGGGAAAUGCAUUUGAUUAAUAGAAGCUUUGACAGCUUUUUUGGUGGUGGAGGGCACUAUUAUAAGAUGUGCUGCAUUUAUGAGAAAUUUGCCCUGGUAAUAAAGGCUCCUUUGAAAUUAUUUCAAGGGGGCAUUUAAUGUGGCUUAAUGUAAUUUCGGCAAAGUUAAAUUGCAAGCCAAUGCAGUCAACAGUCUCCCCCUCAAGCAUAUGUGAUCUGUGGGGUGACCACGGGGGCCUUUGCUUAUUUUGUGACAUGCGGGCGUUUUGAGUUGAUCUAUGUGGAUCUGGUGUUAAAGCUACGCCUGAGUCGCUCAGGUUCCCAUCCAACUUUUAAGGCACCCAAGCUCAUCUCUUGGCGAUGAGUUUAAACCUAGUUAUUUUGAGCAGCUUAUUCCUUGUUACUAAAACUAAUAACUUUGUGGAGCUGUCUCCUAGAUUUGAACUUGAAGUUCACCCUCCUGAAAUAAAAUUGAUUAUUUUACUGAUGACAUUCAUCCUUUGCUCUCUGAUAUUUUUUUUACCUAGGAGUGCAGUUUGAACCUGGUGAUAUAGAGACGGCGCUGAUUUCCUACGUCAACUCUUCAUCCUUCACGGCUCUAGAUAGGCAGAUAUGUCAUCAUUUUAUACAGUGGAUUGUGACUGUUUUAUAA